AUGGUAAACUUUACAGUCUCUGAGCUCCGAGAAAUUAUGGGGAAGCCCCAUAAUAUCCGUAACAUCUCUGUUAUUGCACAUGUAGAUCACGGAAAAUCAACUUUGACGGAUUCUCUUGUUUCAAAAGCCGGUAUCAUUUCUGCAAAAAAUGCUGGUGAAGCUCGUUUCACCGAUACCAGAGCCGAUGAACAAGAAAGAUGCAUUACCAUCAAGUCAACUGGUAUUUCACUUUUCUUUGAAACCCAGCUUUCUGAGGACAAAGAAAAAGAACCAUUUUUAAUCAACCUUAUUGAUUCGCCAGGUCACGUCGAUUUUUCAUCUGAAGUAACUGCCGCACUCAGAGUUACCGAUGGUUCACUUGUCGUAGUCGAUGCAGUUGAAGGAGUCUGUGUACAAACCGAGACUGUACUUCGUCAAAGCCUUGCCGAGCGAGUACGCCCUAUUCUCCACAUGAACAAGGUCGAUCGAUGUUUGCUCGAACUUAGACAGUCUCCUGAAGCAAUGUACGAUACUUUCCGUAACAACAUCGAAAACGUAAACGUCGUCAUUUCAACUUACCAAGACGAAAGCAUUGGAUUUGAUGCUCAAGUUGCUGCAGAUAAGGGAACUGUAUCUUUCGGUUCCGGUCUCCACGGUUGGGCUUUCACCAUCGAACGAUUUGCAAAAAUGUACGGCAAAAAAUUUGGUGUUUCAACUGAUAAAAUGAUGAAGAGACUUUGGGGUGAAAACUACUUCAACGUAAAGACCAAGAAAUGGUACACCAGCAAAAGUUCCAACGACACCGAGCUUGUUAGAGGUUUCUGUUUCUUUAUAUUAAAGCCAAUCAUCGAUUUGUUUGAAGUUACUCUCAAUUCUGACAACAGCGCCCAACGGGACAAACUCGAUAAAAUGUUGGUCAGCAUGGGUGUUGAACUUAAAUCUGAUGAAAAAGAACUUCAAGGCAAACACUUACUCAAGAGAAUUAUGCAACUUUGGUUACCAGCUGGUGACACUUUACUUGAAAUGAUUGUAACUCAUUUGCCAUCCCCAGUAGUUGCUCAGAAAUACAGAUGUGGUGUUCUUUACAGCGGUCCUCAAGACGACGAAGCUGCCAAAGCCAUAAAAGCUUGUGACCCAGAAGGUCCAUUGAUGAUGUACAUAUCUAAAAUGGUUCCAACUUCCGAUAAAGGACGAUUCUACGCCUUCGGCCGUGUCUUCUCUGGUACUGUGGCAACAGGACAGAAAGUAAGAAUUCUCGGGCCAAAAUACACUCCAGGAUCCAAAGAAGAUCUUGCUGUUAAGAGCAUUCAACGAACUGUUAUUAUGAUGGGCCGUUUUGUAGAACAAGUUCAAGACGUUCCAUGCGGUAACACAUGUGCUCUUAUCGGUAUUGAUCAAUUCUUGCUCAAAUCAGGAACUAUCACUACUUCUGAAUCUGCUCACGCAUUCAACAGCAUGAAAUACUCUGUAUCUCCAGUUGUAAGAGUUGCCGUCGCACCAAAGGACAGCAAAGAACUUCCAAAACUUGUAGAUGGUCUUAAGAAACUUUCUAAGUCUGAUCCGCUUGUUGUUUGUUCAUCUGAAGAAAACGGUCAACACAUUAUUGCCGGAUGUGGUGAACUUCACGUCGAAAUCUGUCUCAAAGAUCUCAAAGAAGAAUACGCCCAAAUAGAUAUUACUGUUUCUGAACCAGUUGUAUCUUACAUGGAAACUAUCACUUCAACUCCUAUUGAUCCUGGUAUGACUAAAUCUGCGAAUAAACACAACAGACUUUACAUGACUGCCGAACCUCUUCAAGAAGAGCUUAUACUCGACAUUGAAGAUGGUCGUGUUAGCCACAACGAUGAUGUUAAAGAACGAUCCAAAGUUCUUUCUGAUAAAUACGGUUGGGACAAGAACCACACCCUUAAGAUAUGGUGUUUCGGCCCUGAUUUAACUGGCCCUAACGUUUUUGUUGAUCAAACUAGUGGUCUUCAAUACGUACACGAACUUAAGGAUCAUGUCAAUGCUGGUUUCCAAUGGGCUACCAGAGAAGGAGCUCUUUGUGAAGAAAAGAUGAGAGGAUGUAGAUUCAACCUUGUUGAUUGUGUUCUCCACGCUGAUGCCAUUCACAGAGGUGGAUCUCAAAUAAUCAGUGCCGCAAGACGUGGUAUUCUCGGUAUUCAAUUGAACUCUGAACCAAGACUUGUUGAACCUAUUUUCUUGGUAGAAAUUACCGUACCUGAAGACAACAUAUCCGGUGUUUACUCUGUUCUCAACAGAAGAAGAGGUAUAGUUACCUCAGACGAAGUUCGUCCAGGAACUCCAUUACACGAAAUGAGAGCCUUAUUACCAGUAGCUGAAUCCUUUGGUUUCACUUCUGACCUCAGAGAAAAGACUCAAGGUAAGGCCUUCCCACAAUGUGUAUUCUCUCACUGGGAAUUACUUCCGGGUAACCCAUUUGAUUCCUCUUCGUCUCACUACUCGACAAUUACUGCUAUUCGUAAGAGAAAAGGUCUCAAUGAAGCCUUCCCAUCAGCUGAUCACUUCCUAGACAAACUGUAA